AUGGCAAAACUGUGGUUCAUGUCGUCAUUUGUGUGUGCGAUAUUCCUAAGUUAUAAACUCUUUAAUAUAUUUACAAACGAGGAAUUUUAUCUCAUGAGAAGCAGUUCCACGAAGUUAGACUAUGGUUCUGAUAUGCUAAAAUGUGACAUUGAUGUACAAAAAGUUCUCGAUAGAGUACAGCGUAUUGAUCUUGUGCGUAGCUUUCUGAUGGAGAAAAAACAAUUCUCCCCUAGAGAAAACGUGCUAGUUUUCGGCGUGCCUGGUGCAUUGUCUGAAUUGGUGGGCGCCGUUAUUGGAGGAGAAUCCGGGGUAUUUUAUUUACCUAGCGCUCUACAAAGCCGGGCAUACUACAUCAGCCAUGACCCAACGCUCGCGAUUCCAAUAACAAUAGACUUGCUUGAAAAGAUUUUCAAUUGUAACUUUGAAGAUGAACUCCUUUUAGAGUCCUUGGUUCAGAAUAGGACGGCUCUUUAUGGGCUUAAGUUGCCAUCGUGUGUAUCAUCCAGAGACAACAUUUUCAAAAACACCUCUUAUAGUAACGCCUGCACGGAAGAGGUUUCUGAUUGGAUGUCUAAAAAGUGUCGUCAGAAUACCCUCACAGUUUUGCAGACCGAUAAGCUCAAAUCUAUCUCUUAUUUGGAAGUAUUGACUACAGAAAUCAAGUCUAGAAAGUUCAACAUUAGAGUUUUGUACGUCGUUCGCGAUCCCCGUGCAAUAAUCUCCGAUACUUUUGAAGAAUCGCAGCUAAAUCUUGAAAAGGUACAAGUGUUCGUUGACAGAAUGUGUACCAGGAUGAGAAUGGACUUGCAGAUUGCACAGUCUUCACCCAUAUGGCAACAAGAGCGUUAUAAGCUCGUUAAGAUCGAAGAAUUCAUACGGAAUUCAAGUGUACUGAGUGCAGCAUACAAUCAUACCAAUGAAAGCUUUUGGCAGGUGAAAAUGCCUUCCAAAACAAGGCAAGUUGUAGAGCAGCGGUGUGCCAAAGUGCUUGAUAUGCUUGGAUAUUUGAAAUAA